GAUUAGCGCUCAUUACAUUUUUGUAACUCUAUAUAUCUAUCUACUUGAAAUUGAUUACUUUUCUUACCUUUUUAACGUUUGUUCAAUAUAUUCUAAGAAUUGAACAAUUUCAUUAAUCAUGGCACUAAGAAUAUUCUACCGUAAGUUUUCUACAAGCAGACAAAUGCGUGCAAUGAUUGAUGAACAGUUCACACCAGAAAAAUUGAAAGACUACUGUAAACCAGAAGUCAUCCAAGGAGUAAAUAUGUGGAAAAAAAUUACCCUUUUCUUUGCAUUUCCUGCUUGUUUACUAGCUAGCAUUUAUUGUAUAAAUGGUCAUAUUGAACAUGGCAAACAUGAAAAAAGAUCAGAAUUUAUACCUUAUGAACAUUUGCGAAUAAGAACCAGGCGUUUUCCAUGGGGUAAUGGUGACCAAACACUUUUCCAUAAUCCAAAGUAUAAUGCCACUACUCAAGGUUAUGAAGUUGAUGAAGAAUAAUCACUGGAUUAAAGCUACUCUUUUGUUAAUUAUAUAGCGUAGAUCUUAAUAUCUAGAUUACUUUAUCAAGAACAGUAAAAUAGGUUAACUUCUAAUAAUACAAUUUUUGAGAAAAUAAAUAACAUGAUAACUCAUA